GGAGCCGGGAAAGGCUGGGAUAAGGAAAGGGCUCUGGGAUAGAGGCGCUACCAGUCUGGCCGGCUGCCCCCGCGGAUGCUCCGGCGCGGGGAGCGGGGCAGCUCCCAUGGCCCUUCCCAGCGGGAUGCUCCUCGCCUGCUCCCUCUGCCUCCUGCCCGGGCUCAGUGACACCUUCAACAUCGACACCAAGAGGCCCAAAAUCAUCGCUGGCUCCAGGGAAGCCUAUUUUGGCUACACGGUGCAGCAGCACGACAUCGGGGGCCAGAAAUGGCUGGUGGUGGGAGCUCCCUACGAGACCAACGGCCAGCAGAAGACUGGAGAUGUCUACAAGUGUCCAGUGACCAGCGACAGCCACAGCAACUGCACCAAACUCAACUUAGGCCGGGUGACGCUCUCCAACGUCUCGGAGAGGAAGGACAACAUGCGCCUGGGGCUCAGCCUGGCCACCAACCCCAGGGACAGCAGCUUUCUGGCCUGCAGCCCCCUCUGGUCCCACGAGUGCGGGAGCUCCUACUACACCACGGGGAUGUGCUCCCGCGUCAACUCCAACUUCAGGUUCUCCAAGACGGUGGCUCCGGCUCUGCAGAGAUGCCAGACCUACAUGGACAUCAUCAUCGUUCUGGAUGGAUCCAACAGCAUCUACCCCUGGGUUGAAGUCCAGCACUUCCUGAUAAACAUCUUGAAAAAGUUCUAUAUCGGUCCCGGCCAGAUCCAAGUCGGAGUUGUUCAGUAUGGAGAAGAUGUUGUCCAUGAGUUUCAUUUAAAUGACUACAGGUCUGUAAAAGACGUGGUGGCAGCUGCCAGUCACAUAGAGCAGAGGGGAGGCACAGAGACCAGGACUGCCUAUGGGAUAGAGUUUGCUCGCUCGGAAGCAUUUCAGAAAGGUGGCCGGAAAGGGGCAAAGAGAGUAAUGAUUGUCAUCACAGAUGGAGAGUCCCACGACAGCCCAGACCUGGAGAAGGUGAUCGAGGACAGCGAGAAGGACAAUGUCACCAGAUACGCGGUGGCGGUCCUGGGUUAUUACAACAGAAGAGGAAUCAACCCCGAAGCCUUUUUGAACGAGAUCAAAUUCAUAGCGAGCGACCCCGACGACAAACACUUCUUCAAUGUCACGGAUGAAGCAGCACUCAAGGACAUUGUGGAUGCUCUGGGAGAGAGGAUAUUUAGCUUGGAAGGAACCAACAAGAAUGAGAUCUCCUUUGGCCUGGAAAUGUCCCAGACUGGAUUUUCCUCACACGUUGUGGAAGACGGGAUCCUCCUGGGGGCAGUGGGAGCCUACGACUGGAAUGGAGCUGUCCUGAAGGAAACCAGCAGUGGGAAGGUCAUUCCUCUGAGGGAAUCUUAUCUCCAGGAGUUCCCCGAGGAGCUGAAGAAUCACGGGGCGUAUUUAGGUUACACCGUCUCCUCUGUCGUUUCCACCAAGCACGAGCGGAUUUACGUGGCGGGAGCUCCCAGGUUCAACCACACGGGGAAGGUCAUCCUCUUCAGCAUGCACAGCAACAGGAACCUCACCAUCCACCAGGCCCUGAAAGGAGAGCAGAUCGGUUCCUACUACGGCAGCGAGAUCAACUCCCUCGACGUCAACGGCGACGGCGUCACCGACGUGCUGCUGGUGGGAGCCCCCAUGUACUUCAGCGAGGGCAGGGAGAGGGGCAAGGUCUAUGUUUACACCCUGCAGGAGAACCGCUUUGUUCCCAGUGGAGCCCUGGUGGACCUGCAGAGCUACCAGAACUCGCGCUUCGGCUCCUGCAUCGCUGCCGUGCCCGACCUCAACCAGGACACCUACAACGACCUGGUGGUGGGGGCACCCUUGGAGGACGAGCACCAGGGAGCCAUUUACAUCUUCCUGGGCUUCCAAGAGACCAUCCUCAAGAAGUACAAGCAGAGGAUUGCAGCUGCUGACCUCGCUCCAGGCCUGAUGUAUUUUGGGUGCAGCAUCCACGGGCAGCUGGACCUGAACGAGGACGGGCUCGUGGACUUGGCCGUGGGCUCGCUGGGGAACGCGGUGCUGCUGUGGUCCCGCAGCGUUGUCCAGAUCAACGCCAGCAUCCGCUUCGAGCCCUCCAAGAUCAACAUCUUCACCAAGGACUGCAAGAGGAACGGGAAGGACGCCACCUGCAUGUCGGCCUCCGUCUGCUUCACCGCCCUCUUCCUCUCCGCCCACUUCCAGACGGCCAGCGUGGGGCUGCGCUUCAACACCACGCUGGACGAGCGGCGCUACACGCCGAGGGCUCACCUGGACGAGGGCGGCGAGCGGCCGGCUCAGAGGGCGCUGGUGCUGCCAGCUGGGCAGGAGCGCUGCCAGAGCCUCCCCUUCCACGUCCUG